GCACAAUUGAGAAACUAAUCGCAAUGGCCAACACAGUCGAAGUAACAAGGGCGUCGGAGCUCGACGAGCAAACCGGAGGAUGGACACAAGGCAUGGCCCGGAAAGGCGCAAUUAUCGACAAAUCAGACAAGAUAUGCUCUUUAGUGAUGGAGGCGCAGCCCCAUUCCUGCUCUGCAGUGCACCAUCACGGCGACCAGGACACUGUUGUGUAUGCCGCACAUGGCUACGGUAGCAUUUUUUUUGAUGGGGGAAAGCGUCGAGAAGACCUGUCACCCGGUGAUUUCGCUAUAAUUCCUGCGUAUGCUGAACAUCAGGAAGUUAACGAGUCCGGUCAAGAGGUGAAAUGGAUUAUCACGCGGACUGGACGAAAGCCAGCAACUGUCAACCUGGAGAGAUGGGGGGAGAGUGCCAAAUAAGCGGGUUAAGUCUUGGGUGUAGGGAGGGCUUCUAACAUAUAAAUACAUUAAGGUAUACCUAGAUAUCAUUUGUGCAACUACAGGAAUUACCUAUGAACAUCGGUAUUGUAGAUUGUACUAUUACACGCUGAUGAAUUAGUUGUUAUGUUUCAAACAGAUCGGAUCAGGAGAAGUACG